UAGAAGGGGGAGGGUGUGGGAAUUCCUUGUAGAUCGGGGUGAAAGGUGACCCUGGCUCCGGUCAUAAAGCCCUCCACAUCACGUGACCAACGUCACCCUCUCCCCAACAACAUCCUUAUUUUCAGUCUUGGGAAAUCGAGUGGAAGACGGUGGCCUGCUCGUCCCUUCCAAAAGCCCUCAGCCUGGUUUCGGCUGUUCCGCUACAACAUUCAAGGUCAAGGUCGGGCAGCAGCUGUCUAGGGUGCCUCGGGACUCCGGACACCUCGGUUUCCUAACGGAGAAGUGGGAGCCCUGCAAACUGGGGCUCUUCGUCUCAGGGAUAGCUUCUUUCCCCUUAGCGAUCACCUCCUCCGAGUGGGGUGGGAGGACCCUCCCCGGGGUUCUGUGCGGGCUGAGCCCUCUGGCCUCAAUGGGACCCCAAGUAGCCCUCCUGGUGGCGGCGCUGGCCGGCUGCCUGCUUGGGGCCCGGAGCUGUGUCAUUUGUGAUCCAAGGGUCGUGGCCGCGCUGGACGCCUUGGAAAAGGAAUACCUGCCUACCCACCUCGCCCCCGGGCGUCACAGACAAGUGAUGGAAAGGGUAAGAGAAACCGUGAGGAAUUUCCGGGACCUGCCAUAUUUAGAGGAUACCUUUAUGGGGGUUAUCGAUGAGGCCACAAUGGAAACGUCAGUCUUAAGUUUUCUGAGGAGUGUGAGACUUAUCAGAAACAGUGGUUUAGCAGAUGACACUUUCGUGAACGAGUUCUCCUGGAUGUUGACUCUGGAAAAGGCAGCCUUUCAGGGCUAUGUCGCUCGGUUCCAAAGAAAGGAUUUCUAUCCCAACAAAUGUGGUACAAUGUUGCAGCUUCUGAUCUGGUGUAGUAACUGUAAAAAGCAGCUUCACGCUUGUCGAAAAUCCAGAGAUUGUGGGGUGCUCCAAAUCAAUGUCCAUGAAACGGAAGACCUGAUCCUGGACUGUGAGCUCGACUGGCAUAAAUUAUCUCAAGGCCUGACCUAUUACAGCUUUUACAGGGUUUGGGGGAGCAAUUCUGAGACUUUGGUGUACAAGGGGAAACGGCCCACCCUGAUCAAGCGACUGGUGAGGCCAGAGGAUGCGGGUAACUACCGCUGCGAGUUGGGCACUGAGGGAUCCAGCCCAGCCACGGUCAUCCAUUUUGAAGUCACAGGUCAGAGCUGGGGAGUCGACAGACGUAUGGGACUCAGGGUCCUGGGUUUGGGGGGGUGCUGA